GUAGAAGUGAAAGAAAUUUCAGAGCUGCUGUUCAACACGACAGUUCAGAGGAAGAAAAAGACAGAUGUACAAACACUAAGAGCUUGAUAAUCCAAAUAGCAUUCAAGUUCUUACGUGGACCAGAAGUGGCUGUGAAGGUCACGGUGCACAUCCUGAGGAAGAUGAACCAGAAUGAACUGGCUAAAGAACAAGCAUGAGCAAGUACACUAUACUCCAGUCCAGACGAGAGAUGCCCCAACUGGAGUCAAUGUUGAUAUGAAAGCUGAAACAGGUGCAAGUGUUAAUGCUCCUGUACUGACUGCAAACACCUUCGCAGGACCAGUAAACAUUUAUGCCCCAAAUGCUGCAGGAAAUGAUCAACAGAAAUCCUCAAAGACAGAAACGAAACACAAAGAAAAACAAGAGCUGCAAAACUUCUUGAAAACUCACAAAACAAAAAUGAAAAAGAAAGCAGAAUAUAUUUUUGAGGGCAACAAAGAAAAUGAAGCACAACUCAAGGAUAUUUACACAGAUCUGUUCAUCACAGAAGGAGAUAUGAAAGAUAUAAAUCAGGAACAUGAGAUUCUGAAGAUUGAUGAUGCUUUCAAGAACAAAAAAUCACAUGACAAACCAAUAAAAUGCAAUGAUAUAUUUACUGAACUGAGGACAAACAAUGAGAAAAAGACUCUGCUGACUAAAGGCAUCGCUGGCAUUGGAAAAACUGUCUCUGUGCACAAGUUCAUCCUGGACUGGGCAGAAGGAAAAGCCAAUCAGGAUAUACACUGUGUGUUCCUGCUCCCAUUCAGAGAGAUGAACUUAAUGACAGAUGAAGAUUUCAGUCUCCACGAACUUCUGCUGCAAUUUUAUCCUGAACUGAAGAACCUGGAGAAAUCAAAGCUAUAUAAGGAAUGUAAGCUUGUGUUUAUAUUUGAUGGACUUGAUGAGAGUCGUCUGUCUCUGAAUUUUAAAGGUAGGUCUCUGAACACUGUUGAGAAAAGAUUGUCUGUAGAUGUGCUGUUUACAAGUUUGGUCAAAGGGGAUCUGCUUCCAUCAGCUCUUGUGUGGGUGACAUCACGACCAGCAGCAGCCAAUCAGAUCCCUCCUAAGUACGUAGGUUUGUUCACAGAGGUGCGAGGAUUCACUGACCAACAGAAGGAGCAGUACUUCAGAAAAAAAAUCAAAGAUGAGAAUCUGGCUUCCAAAAUCAUCUCACACAUUAAGACGUCUCGUAGUCUCUACAUCAUGUGCCACAUUCCUGUGUUCUGCUGGAUCACGGCCACAGUACUUCAAAAUAUUCUCAUCAAGAACAAUGAAGAGAACAUCAGCACAACACUCACCGAAAUGUACAUUCACUUCCUGCUGAUACAGAUGAACAUGAAGAACCAGAAGUAUGAUGAACAAGAAGAAAGUGAACGUACAAAGCACUUACAAUUAAAUAGAGAGAUGAUUUUAAAACUAGCCAAACUAGCAUUUGAACAGCUUAAGCAGGAAAACAUUGUGUUCUAUGAAGAAGAUCUGAAAGCAUGUGAUAUUGAUGCGAGUAAAGACACUGAGUUCACAGGAAUGAUCGCUGAGAUCUUUAAGAAGGAAGUUGGACUUUAUAAGACAAAAGUCUUUUGCUUUGUGCAUCUGAGUGUUCAAGAGUUUCUCGCUGCAGUGCAUGUGUUCAUCUGUUACCUGAACAAAAGCAUGCAGGAGCUUCAGUUUUUCUUUGACAAGCCAGAAGAAAAUAUCACAUUGCAGAAGCUACUGCAGAAGGCUGUUGAUAAAGCCAUAAAGAGUCAGAGAGGACAUCUGGACCUGUUCCUGCGCUUUCUGAUGGGCAUUUCACUGAAAUCCAGUCAAAACCUGCUCCAAGGCCUGAUCACACACACUGAAGACACCACAGAGAGCAUCACAAAAACAACUGAAUACAUUAAACAACUACAAAAUAAGUAUAGUAUCUCAGAUGAAUCUUUAGUUAAUCUAUUUUACUGCUUACUUGAACUCAAAGAUCAUUCAUUAAAUGAGGAAAUCCAGGGUUACCUCAGUUCAGAUAGACAUACAGGAAGAGACCUCUCAUCUUCAAUGUGCACAGUGCUGACAUAUGUACUGCUCAUGUCAGAGAAGGUGCUGGAUGAGUUCAACCCAAAGAGGUUCACGUCACCUUCAAACUACGAGAGACUCAUCCCAGCUGUGAGAUGCUGCAGAAAAGCACUGCUGUGUGGGUGUCAUCUCACUGCUCAGUCCUGUGAAAGUUUGUCUUCAGCUUUACAGUCAUCAAACUCUGUCCUGAGAGAGCUGGAUCUGAGUAACAAUGACCUCCAGGAUCAUAGAGUGAAGCUUCUUUCUGAUGGACUGAAGAGUCCAAACUCUAAGAUGGAGAUAUUGAGAUUGUCCAUAUGUAAUCUCACUGCUCAGUCUUGUGGGAGUUUGUCAUCAGUUUUGAAAUCCUCAAACUCUGUCCUGAAAGAACUGGAUCUGAGUAACAAUGACCUGCAGGAUUCUGGAGUGAUGCUUCUUUCUGAAGGACUGAAGAGUCCAAACUGUCAGCUGGAGAUACUGAGGUUGUCUGGCUGUAUGGUGACAGAGAAAGGCUGUCAUUAUGUGUCUUCAGCUCUGAGUUCAAACCCCUCACACCUGAGAGAGCUGGAUCUGAGCUACAAUCAUCCAGGAGAUCCAGGAGUCAAGCUGCUUUCUGAAAAACUGAAGGAUCCAAACUGCAAACUGGACAAACUCUACUGUUUGCCUUCACAGACAUAACCAACUGUUUUUGUAACCAGGGCUUGAUAUUACCAACCCUCCAAAUGCAGGUGGAUUUCAGCAGUGGUGGGUAACACGGUCACUCCCACUAGACACUUUGGCAGGUUGAAUUUUAUAACAGAGCUUGACAUUAAAGCUUGUCUGGGACAAGUGGAUUUUUUGAAGGGACAAUCUUUUGGAGAAAUCAACACAAAUGAACACAACUGCACAAGGAACAUACUGCUGUAAAAAUCUAGUUUUACUUUUAGUUAUACAACAUGUCAUGAUCAAGAGAGUGCAGUUUUCCUUGAAAACCACACUUGUAAAUGUGACACUGAUGUUGGAUAACAAAAAUGGUUAAAAACAAAGAUCACAGCAGAACAGUCAAGUAACACUGAGCAACAUACAGCAGUUUUUCGUUACUGAAUGAUUCGCUGUUUCUGAAGGAAUAAUUUCAUGAAGAGAGGCAAUUGCUUCAUUCUUGAAUGAAUCAUCCUGUGUUUGAAGGCAUGACUCAGUGACUCAUUCAUUAAAACAGUCACUUGCUGCCACCUAUUGGUGGUUUACUUUCAUAUUUAAAAGUAGCUUAUCUUUGUAUUUUAUCCCAACAUUUCAUAUUUUUAUAUAUAAAAAAAAAAAACUGAUUUUAAACACCAAGAUCAUAACAUUAUUUAUACUGUAGCAAUUUUACAAUGUAAAUGCUUUCAUGCUACAUUUUAGCUUCAUUAAAUGUGUAAAUGCAUUGAGACAUUGAGAAGACUUUGAAAAUAAGAGACCUGGAAAUCAAUUUAAAUACAUUUUAGUAUGCAGUAACUUUAGUCAUAUAAAACAUAAUUUCCCAACAACAAAAUUGUGUGGCCAAUGAAAAAGCUAAUUAUGGAAAACCACUAGCCACAGUGGCUGGUGAGCAAAAAAGUUAAUGUCAAGCUCUGUUUUUAACUCAUGUAUUUUUAACAUAAACUUGUGUCUUUGACAGUUUAAGCAAUAAGACAUUAAAGAGAACUUAGUUUAGUACUCACAUGCCGUGUGACAGACACUUUCUGUCCGUGUGCUGUGGAUGUGUGCGCUCAGAAAACCAUAUAUCAGAAGUUUAAACUGAAAUGCCUAUAAAACACAUGAUUUCAGUGUGAUGUACAUGAUAAUCAAAACCAAACAUUUUGAUUUGGAAGAGAUCUGAGAUACGAGCUGUAAAGCCACAGCUCUGUUCGAGGAACGGGGUGGGAAGCAGCAGCUCAUUUACAUUUAAAGAAGCAUGCAUGAAAACUGUUUCUGCUUCCACUAUAAUAUAAUAAAUGAUCUGUGGGGUAUUUUAAGCUGAAACUUCACAAAUGCAUUCUGGGGACACCUGAGACUCAGGCUAUGUUCACACUGUCAGUUUUUGGGAUUGACAACUGCAUUAACUUGAUGUGAGUCUUGAAAUGUCCAGUUAACAGCUAACAGUAGCGUCUGGAAUAUUGUCUGAGUGCAAUGGGAAUCAAGCCUGUAUUCCUUAUCAGUAACCAAAGUAAUAUCCAAGAUGGCAAUGUCCAUAAAACUGAAAGUCCUAUCACUUUCUGACACGACAAGAGACACGAGCCGCGAGUUCAUCCAUCAAACCGACAUUAUCCGACAGCAGCUUUUAAACUUGUGUGAAGAGAGGAGCAGAACACAAAACUGACAAGAGCGACUCCAGUGGAGACUGAAUAUAAACUUUCAGAUGACACACUUCUCAUUUCUCAAUCACUAAGUUACUGAAACCACACAUGAAAGCAUAUAACACAUGGUAGAUGCACAUUUGUGCAGCAGAACCUCUCUCUCACACUGAAUGACGAGACAGUUGUUCAGUCCUGUUCCGUUCACACAGCACGUGUGUUCUGAGAAUGUGAUUUGUGAGUCCUGAAAAUUUCCAGGUGUGAGAUUGGUUAAAUAAUAUGUAAAUUUUCACACCCAUUAAUAACUGUACUGUGUGUGAACGUAACAGUAUAAAGGGCUCAAAUACAGGACUGACAACUGUAUUCUGCUGCUGUGUGAAUGUGGCCUUAUAUUACAUUUUUGUAAAAUGGGGCAUAAUAGCUCACCUUUAACAGGUGUUAUCAUUUCUGGUGUGUUUUAAAGCAUGUUUAACAUGUUUUUGUCUCAAUAAUCUUUUCAAAAUCAUUGAAAGUCAAAAUCGUAAUUAGGUUGACUUAGGAAAGCCGACCUACUGAAAUGCUAUCUAACUCCUCCUCCUUCUUCUUCUUCUUCUUUUGAGACUUUUAAAAUGCAUCUUCUGGAGUUUUCAAGAUACAGUUCAUCCACCAAAUACAGCUCAGAUCCUCAGACUGUUGUGAUUUAGUAUGCUAUUAUAUUUACUAACUGAUCAGAUUUAUGAUUUUCAUAAAAAUGACAAUUAAAACUGGGAAAAAUCUCAUUGACUUAGGGGCCGUUUACAUUACAAUGUUUUCAGACAAAAACUGCAAACUUUUUAUGUGUUUCACCUGUUUGUUUACAUUGGGGACUGAAAAUGCAUUAUUUUGAAAAUAGGUUUCAAAGUGCAAGUUUUUGAAAAUGCCACCGUUGUUGUUUCUGUGUAAACACUCAAUAUGGGAAUCUUUGGUGACGGUGACGUCAUGCGUGUGCGUAGUUGACAGCGCUAACUACCCAGGUAUCCAAAAUGAUCUGGCCCAAUAACGGCCCAAAUGCAGCAAGCUGGAAGAAAUAACUUGGGCCAGUUGCAGUUGCCGAACUCUUGUGAAUCACGGGAAUGAGCUGACACUGCCAUAUGUAUAUAU